GAGUCCAUUCACGUCGCUCGCCGACCAACCGGAGGAGACGCGCCCGAAUAAGAAGAAGACCGCGCGUCCCCAUUGCUCGGCCGAUCACCGGCGCCGAUCGCCAUGUCUUUCACCGGCACGCAGGACAAGUGCAAGACGUGCGACAAGACCGUCCAUUUCAUCGACCUCCUCACCGCCGACGGCGUCUCCUACCACAAGACAUGCUUCAAGUGCAGCCACUGCAAGGGGACCCUCUCGAUGUGCAACUACUCUUCCAUGGAUGGUGUUCUCUAUUGCAAGACCCAUUUCGAACAGCUCUUCAAGGAGACGGGGAACUUCUCAAAGAAUUUUACGCCAGGUGGCAAAUCCGCAGAGAAGAGCGAGGCAAAGGCUCCAAGCAAGAUGUCAUCUGCCUUCUCUGGAACUCAAGAUAAAUGCGCGGCCUGCCAAAAGACCGUGUACCCAUUGGAGAAGCUAACUUUGGAGGGCGAAUGCUACCACAAGAGCUGCUUCAAGUGCUCGCAUGGUGGCUGCAUCUUGACGACCUCCUCGUAUGCCGCUCUCAACGGAAUCCUCUACUGCAAGAUCCAUUUCUCACAGCUGUUCAAGGAGAAGGGAAGCUACAACCAUCUCAUCAAGACCGCGCAAACAAAGAAGGAGAAUGUGGAGGCUGCGGCUGCGGCAGAGGCAGGGGCGGAGGCAGUAGCUGCUGCUGCAGCAGCAACAGCAGAGCCGGAAGCACCACCGCAAGAUGAAGAAUAGAGCAAAGAUUAGGAGCAAACCAAAGGAAACAACAGAACCAAAUAUUAUAUAUAAAAAAAGGCUCCGCAAUUUACAGAUAGUAAUUUGCAAUACUUCCUUCCCUGCUUCCAUUUUUGUAUGGCCUCUCAAAGCUUGCUUUUGUUCAAGCUGGAAUUGUAUCAUUUCUCGAAAACUUGUCACCUGGACAUGAAACUAUUGGUUUGCACAGCCA